AUGGGGUCCCACGGCCGAGGUCAGCCGAAUGUCUUGCCCGACGACGACGACGGGUGGGAGUACGAAUACUCAACGACGGAAACAGAGACUUACUACCUUACCCUUGAUCUUUCGGUCCGCGACUUCCUCGAGCGCAGAACCGACGACGUCGCCCACACUACGCGAACCGGAUACAGGGUGUGGUACAACCCUCUCUUCAACGCGCCGGAACCCCAAACCUCGAACCCAGAUCUCCUCGACGACAAAGAUGCCGACGACGAAGAGCCCCCGGAGCGCGAAGAAGUAGAUAUCGACACGGUUGGCGUCCCACAGCCGCAAACUCAGACAGACCCUCCGAUCGACCCUUUACUUGCGCAAUCAACCGAGAAAAAGGGGCAAACGGAGAGCCAAAAAAGCCACAGGCCAGCGGAGCAAAUCCAAGUCCUCGAGCUGCACUCAAAAGAGCCGAUCGUUUCAUACCGCAAUCAUGUGUUCCGCGGCUCAUGGUGCGAAAACAUCGGCACCGAGAUGAUUUUCACCCCUCACGAUGACCCGACGCCACUCCCAGCCCUCCGUCACCUCCCCCAGAACAUGGAUCUGCUCGCGGCGAGUGCGACGAGGAUCAACUUCCAGGAGGCAACAUUGGCGCCAAAAGAGCGGGGCAUGAUGUCGGAAGGUGUAUUUUUGGGCUUUGGUUAUUCCGAGGAGGAUAUCCCCGAGCGAUACAAGCGAAACGGGGGCAUUUAUGUCCACAUCGGCGGCGACAAGAGCGGCCAACGACAACCGCAAGCCCAUUUCCUCGAGGACUUGAUUGCCAUAAAACGGAAACGCGGCGAGACGGACGAGGUCACAGUCCAGCCGCUGGAGACGAGGCAGAACAAGCUCAUGGUGGAAGAUGAGGAAGAGGAGCGCCGCCGGAAAAAGCUACGACAGGACUAUGCAAGGAAUGUGAGAUGGCGCGACAAGAGACGGGAGGAAAGGAUACUCGGACUGAGAUCACCGGAGCGGAACUACGUCCCGAGGAUAGGAGGGAGACGGGGUUGGCCAAAGAGGGCGAGGCGCGCUGCGCUUAUUCGACGAGACAGCGGGGCGAUAUCGCGGUUUGGACACAGGAUGGACCGAACGAUUUUCGUGCUCUGGCUCCUACCACGGGUCCUGAACCCGACACCGCCCGAUGCGGAAGAGCGCGAACGAGAUAAAAACUGGGUUGAUACGUCGCCGAGCUGGGUCGAUCGCCAGGCAUGCCGCUGGCUGGGACUCUGUGGCAUACAACACAUACGAUGGGAUGCGCCUUCGCUCACGGACGACGGGCCUUCGACAUUGGACGAGCUUAAGUCGCUGGCCCUCGGAUUGAGCACAUAUUGGGUGUUUGGGACGAAGGUUGGGCUCAGUGACUGGGAGACGGCUCCGGCGGAGAAAGACUCGAGGCGCGGGCCCCGCGCGCACAGCACCGGCGGUGCACGUAUCCUCGAAGCGGUGCCUGACUAUGUGAUCGACCAUGCACCACUGGUGCAUCUCUACUCGGAAGAACACUUCUGGCCGUCCGACAUCGCCGAACAUGUCCGCCACAUGAAACCGUACCUGAGGGGUUCGUUGGUCAACACAACCGAACCUUUGGAUCCUGGGAACAUGGAGCAUCUCAACGCGCUGAACGGAACAGUCUUCGCCACGAGCGAGGAUGAUGUGGAGUCGAGGCCGGAGUGGCUCCAUAGCCGAUUUUCCAUUCCGGCACCUUUCGAAGACGAUGGUUCAGACGGCAAUGACGGGGAUGACGGCGCACAAGACCCCCCGCGGCGGCCCGACGACGAUUCUUCCUGGAAAGACGUCGACAGAGACCACCCCCCGCAUCGCAUAGUCCCGCCCAGGAUGUCAUCCCACAGACACAAGGGCCUUCGCCGGAGGCAGUCCGUAUCCGAAGCUCAACGCCCGAUUGUGUGGACUGGUCCAAAGGAUACCGAGGCCAACAAGCCCGGCCUUAGCGGCUACUCGAAGGCACCGGCCGUCCUUGUGCUCGUUGACAAGGGAGCCGGUAUCGUCGAUGCGUUCUGGUUUUUCUUUUACAGCUACAAUCUCGGUCAGACGGUGCUCAAUAUCCGCUUCGGGAACCACGUCGGCGACUGGGAGCACUGCAUGGUGCGCUUCCAGCAUGGCACCCCACGGGCCAUGUUCCUCAGCGAGCAUGCGGGCGGCAAGGCGUAUCUUUGGAAGGCUCUCGAGAAGCGAUCGCAGAAGGAUGGCAAGCCGGCACGGCCCGUCAUUUACUCGGCUGUCGGUAGCCACGCCAUGUAUGCGUCGCCAGGGAUGCACCCGUAUGUCCUGCCGUUCAAGAUGCUCAAGGACAUCACCGACAAGGGCCCGCUCUGGGAUCCUUCGCUGAAUAACUAUGCCUACUGGUACGACUAUGAAGUCAACAGGGACGAGGAGCGGAACUCGACAAUCCAGGACCAGACCAGUCUCGCACCUGCAGCCUCGAACCCAGAUCUGCAGACUUCGUGGUUCCAUUUUAAAGGACCAUGGGGGGAUGACAUCUACCCCCUGAGUGACCCGCGACAAUGGCGUUUGUUUGGCGAGUAUCACUACGUUGCGGGGCCGCUCGGGCCCAAGGCGAAGCGACUAGACAGGAGGAAGGUGUGCCAGACGGAAAAGUGCACCAUCGUGGACAGCAUCGAGGCGGGGAAGAAGUCGGCGUGGUACUGA